ACAUUCAUGAGAGAUUCUGGUCCAUCUUGGCACAACAGCAUCACACAGUUGCUGGAGAUUUGUCAACUGCACAUCCAUGAUGUGAAAUCUCCCAUUCUGCCAUAUCCCAGAGGUGUUCUGCUGGACUGAGAUCUGAUGAGUGUGGAAGUGGAAAGGAAAUUUUUAUGCAAUGCUGACACCGUGCAAAGACUGGAGGAGAUCGGGGCGGUUUGCGUUGGCCAGCGGCAGAUUCAUGACCAGUAUUUCGACACCCCGGAGUUUCACCUGACUCUGAGGGACAUGUGGCUGCGUAAACGUAAAGGAUGCUGGGAGCUCAAGUGCCCGACAGCAGCAGCCUCUGAGACAGAAGCGCUGGGGGGAAAGCAGUCUGAAGCAGCAGCGCUGUGCACUCGUUACAGGGAGAUAACCAGCCUGCCUGAAAUUCACCUGCGAGUGACGGAGGCCAUAAAAGACACUUGCGAGGACAGAGUGUCAGAGGCGGGCUUCUCACAGGAAGAUGAGUCGUGGCUGAGCAAACUGAAUCUGGUGUGCUUUGCUGAGUUUACAACAGUGCGCCGCUCGUUCACUUUAAAGGAGGAGGGGGUGCAGAUAGAUCUGGACCAGGCUGACUUUGGCUAUCAUGUGGGGGAGCUAGAAGUCCUCAUACCAGAGGGAGGAGAUUUGCAGGCUGCACUGGAGAAGAUCAGAAAAACUGCUGAAAAGCUGGGGCUUACUGGAGAUCAGCGAGUUAAAGGAAAAAUGGAUGUUUUCCUUAAAAGAAAUCGCCCAGAGCACUAUGCAAAACUGCUGAGUGAACACAUUCUGUAAGAGAUUAUACUGCAUCUGUACAAAUAAAAUCUAAUACACUGUAUCAAAUGUUCGAUGUAUAAACUCAGUAUACUCCAAACUGUUAAACUGCUGGAUGGUCCAUGGCUGUUGUCAUAGCUACUUUAACUUUUUGUUACAACUUUUGUUUGCAGAUUUGUGCAGCUGAGUUAAUACUUGAAGUGCAUUUCUGUCACUAAUUGUCACUAAUUAGUGACAAUUAGUCCCUUAGUCACUAAUGUCAAUGAUCUCUUACUGAGAAUCAAGAUCUGUACUCACAGAGAACCUCAAAGAAGAAGAACCGGUUUGUGACACAUGGCAGAGGAUCUUCUAAGUACUCAGCCGGCAUUGAGUAAUGAUGAAACUGUUCCAUUGUCAUUACACAAAAACUGUCUUCAUGGUGUCUAAAUCUGAAUGCCACAAUAAUACCAUUUGAAGUAACUUGAAUGUUUGCACUGUGUUUGACCUAUGACAUGCCUGUGUGCGCACUGCUGCUGUAUAUAACUCCCUGCUUCACAAACAUUUUCAUCUUUAGGGGAGAUAGUUUUUGAAGGCAUUGGUUAGUUUGUCACAAGUCAUGUAAUUAAUCACUAGUAAAUCAAUACCUACAAUUGGUUGUGCGUAUGUGAGCAGAGCAGAAGUAUAUUUGUAUGCCUAUCUUUAUGAGGACAUUUACUGACAUUAUUCCAUUCCCAGGCCUCUUAAUCCCAAAGUAAACCAUCAUACCUCAGUGCCAAACCCUAACCUAAUUCUAAUUUUAAUCCUUAAAACCAAAUCAUAACUCUGGCCAAAAGGCCUACACAUUUUUUUUUUUACAAAUUUAUUAUCACUUUGAUAGUCUAAAACUCAAACUGCACACACUAUAUUUUGUGUAUAUCUUUAUUUAAUUCUAUGCUUUUUUUUUUUGUUUGUAACAAAUGACCAGCUGUUCUUGAGAAACCUACAAUCUGCCUUCUCAGCACAGCCACAUCCUGAACAGGCACAAUCACACACACAGACACACAAUGAGUGUAUCCUUAUAGCUCUCCUCUUUUCAAAAGAGUAGCUUUAUGCUUCCCUGCAUGUUGCACGUUUAGGGGACGUAUGUAAGUUGAAACUACAAUAAAAGAACUCCCCUAACAGGCAGUGUUAAAUAAAACUGAAGACCAAAAAAGGCACAAACGGGUUGCAGAGAACAGAGUGAGUACGUCACCCUUUCAGCUAACCGAAGCUAAAGAAAGUAUGUCCUGCCACUUAAGCCAAAAUAACUAUUGCAUAUGUGUCUGAUGUUGCAUGCUCAUGACUGUCCCAAAACUAUUUCUUCCUCCAAUUCAUUGUUUAUAUACUCUUACAUGUAUUGUUAGAGUACUUAUGAUCUUAAACCUGAUUCUGGGAAAAUGUUUGCCAACUGCAGAAACAGACGAGCGGCUACACUGAAUGUAUUGUUCAAGUUUUCCUUCUGCAUUUUAUUCUUAUUAGUAUGCAGACACUGGGAUUUAGUCUGCUCAAAGCUCUGUAACUGUGAAAAAUUCAGCCGCUUUAGUUUCAAAAGAUUCUGUGAUGAGAAAAAAGUGCUCAGGGUGUCUCAUUAUAAAGCUUCCCCCUCAUAACUACCUGUUUGUUUUGUUCAAAUAGAUUUCUUUGUCAUGAUAUGUACCAACAAUUAGACAGAAGACAGCCGCUUCAAUGACGUUACAGACAAAGGAGGGAAACAAACAAUUAAAGGACAAACUGCACCACUAAGAACGAUUACAGUAUCUUCCAUUGUCAGUUUGCCUCUUUAAGCUCUGUUAGUGGCUCUAUUAAGGAAGACAUUCCUCCUAAUCCUAUAUGGUAGCUGCUUAAAGAUAAUAUACCAACAGGAAAACACUGUAUAUUUUAAGCUGUAAAAAAAAAAAAUGUAACUAUU